ACUUCCGGGGGCCUUCGCCAGUGUCUGGUAGCUCCCUGCUCUCUGAUUGGGCAGAAGUGGCCUGGGCAGGCGUGUGACCCUACUGCUGUGGAGGGGCUGUGCCCCAACACUACAUGUUCUCCUACCCAUCUGCUCCCCAGAGCGCUGCCUGCUGUGCACCUGGGUCCUGGAGCCCUUCUCCACCCGGAUAGAUUCCAGACCCUCCUCCUCAGCCCACCUGUGCCCCACAGUGCAAGAAGUGCAAGAGCCCAAGCCGCCUCCAUGGCCCCAGGAAGGAUUCAGGGGAGAGGCCCCAACCAGGGAGCCACUCCAACCAGACAGCGUGGCCAGAAUGGAGCCGACUGAGCUGCACCUCGUGGUCAUGUUUCUCCUAACUGCAAGACUGGAUCUGUGCCUCCCAGCUCCUCCAGCCUGUGACCCCCGUCUCCUAAAUAAACUGCUUCGUGACUCCCAUGUCCUUCACAGCAGAUUGAGCCAGUGCCCAGACGUUAACCCUUUGUCUACACCUGUCCUGCUGCCUGCUGUGGACUUUACCCUGGGAGAAUGGAAAACCCAGAAGGAGCAGACCAAGACACAGGACGUUCUGGGAGCCACGACCCUUCUGCUGGAGGCAGUAAUGGCAGCCCGGGGACAACUGGGACCCACCUGCCUCUCAUCCCUCCUAGGACAGCUUUCUGGACAGGUCCGCCUCCUCCUCGGGGCCCUGCAGGGCCUCCUAGGAACCCAGCUUCCUCCACAGGGCAGGACCACAGCUCACAAGGACCCCAAUGCCAUAUUCCUGACCUUCCAACAACUGCUCCGAGGAAAGGUGCGCUUCCUGCUGAUUGUAGUAGGGCCCACUCUCUGUGCCAAGCAGGCCCUGCCCACUACAGCUGGCCCAAGAAAUACCUCUCUCUUCCUCACACUGCACAAGCUCCCAAACAGGACUUCUGGAUUUUUGGAGACAAACUCCAGUUUCUCAGCCAGAACUACUGGCCUUGGACUUCUGAAGUGGCUGCAGGGAUUCAGAGCCAAGAUUCCUGGUCGGCUGAACCAAACCUCCAGGUCCCUAGACCAAAUCCCUGGACACCUGAACAGGACACAUGCACCUGUGAUUGGAACUCUUGGACUCUUUCCUGGACCCUCACCCAGGGCCCUAGGAGCCCCAGACAUCCCUUCAGGGACUUCAGACAUGGGCUCCAUGCCACCUGACCUCUGGCCUGGAUAUUCUCCUUCCCCAACCCAUCCUCCUACUGGGCAAUACACACUCUUCUCUCCUUCACUUCCCUCCCCCACUCCCCCCGUCCGGCUCCAGCCUCUACUUCCUGACCCCUCUGUCACACCCAACUCUACCAGUCCUCUCCUAACUGCAUCCCACCGUCACUUCCAGAAUCUGACUCAGGAGGAGUAAGGUACUGGCACUGUCUCCCAUGUAAAGUUCCCUUACCCAGAGGGGAGGCCCUGGGAGUCAAGUUAUACCAGAUUUCCUGCUUGCACCUGAAACCCAAAGCCCUGCUAAAGGGGGAUACGCAGGACACAAAAGGGGAUCAUUUUUCACUGUAUAAUGUAAAACUUCAGAAGCUAUUUUUUUAAGCUAUCAAUAACAUUCACUAGAGCAUCUA